AUGGAGAAAAAACCACGUCUUAAGGUCUCUUCUGGGGAUCAGAUCCUGGAAAAAUCUACAAAGGGAGCUACUUUUCUUAUGAUGGGCCAAUUGUUCACCAAGCUAAUUACAUUUGUGCUCAAUAACGUGCUGGUGCGAUUUCUGUCCCCCAGGAUCUUUGGAAUCACUGCAUUCUUGGACUUUAUUGUUGGUACUGUGCUGUUCUUUAGUAGAGAGGCGAUCCGGUUAUCCACUCUUAGAAUAAAAGAUCAUGACGACGAGGAGAGUAUUUCUAGUGAAGAUUCCAAGGGCAGGUCCGAUGUUUUACAAACCGCUGUGAAUUUUGCUCAUAUUUCAAUGCGGAUUGGUGUACCUUUAUCAAUCGUUCUGAUUACGUGGCAAUAUAGAAACAUAAGCAAUUAUUUCAUUGGCUUGCCGUAUUUCACAUGGUCCAUCUUCCUUAUUUGGCUAAGUAUCAUUGUGGAGUUGCUCAGUGAGCCUUUGUUUAUUGUAAACCAGUUCAUGUUGAACUAUGGGAAAAGGUCGCAGUUUGAGAGUAUUUCGGUGACAGUUGGAUGCCUAUUGAACUGUGCUGUGAUCCUAGCGUUCGAAAAAUCAUGGUUCUUUUCCGCAAGCGAUAAGUCAGAAAGCUCUAGAGAAGGUGUUGCCAUCUUAGCAUUCGCAUUGGGCAAAUUAGGACACUCUGCUACGCUCCUUCUAUGUUACUACUCUGAUUACUUGAGAACGUUUGCGCCCAAGAAGACGUUCAGUCUUCGCUUGACCAAAAUAUCAACAGGUAACUCUAAAAGAGAUUAUUAUUUCCAACAUGACAUUUCUGAGCACUUUAAGAAGGUUUACUUUCAACUUUGCUUCAAGCAUCUCCUUACGGAAGGCGAUAAGUUGAUCAUUAACUCUUUGUGCACAGUGGAAGAGCAAGGUAUAUACUCGCUUCUUUCAAAUUACGGUUCAUUGAUCACUAGACUACUGUUUGCGCCUAUAGAGGAAUCUCUCCGUUUAUUCCUGGCGAGAUUACUAGCCAAUGAAAGGACGAAAAAUCUAAAACUCUCGAUGGAAGUUCUACUCAACAUUACAAGAUUUUACAUUUAUCUUUCAUUGUUGAUCCUCAUUUUUGGUCCAAUCAAUUCAUCCUUCCUAUUGCAAUUCUUAAUAGGCUCUAAAUGGUCUACGACCUCAGUUCUCGAUACUAUUCGUGUUUAUUGCUUCUAUCUGCCAUUUUUAGCAAUGAACGGUAUAUUCGAAGCAUUCUUCCAAAGUGUCGCCUCUGGUGAUCAAAUUCUGAACCAUUCAUACUUGAUGAUGGUGUUCUCAGGUGUUUUUCUUGCUAGCUCCUGGCUACUCAUUGAACACUUUGAUUUGUCGAUAAACGGAUUGAUUUUUAGUAACAUCAUCAAUAUGACGUUACGUUUAACCUAUUGUGCGCGCUUCAUUAACAAGUUCUACAAGGACUUAUUCACCGAAUCAUCAUCGUUCUUCUUCAGUUUCCGUAAUUUCAAGGGACUCACCGUACUGAGUACUGUCGUGUGGAUAGUAGAUUGGUGGGUCAUUGGAUUUGUCAAGAAUUUCCACCAAUUCUUCCUCAAUGUGGCCUUGGCAGCAUUCCUACUCUCAGUCAUUCUGGUCAAAGAGAGGAAAUCAUUAAAGGAACUGUUCGGGAAGAACAGGAUGUCAAAUACAAAGAAUGUAUAG